CAUGUCCUACUUCGAGAAAAUGCUAAUUUUUAUAGUGAACAAUCCUUUCAAAGAUAAAAUCCUUUUUUGGUUUAGAUAUGUGGAUGACAUCCUUAUAGCAUGGAUUGGUAGCGAAGAGGAACUGAGAGAGUUCCACAAUUGGUUGAACGGACUCCAUUUGAACAUAAACUUCACGCUGGAGCUGGAAUCGGAUCGUGAAAUAAACUUCCUGGACCUCACAAUCAGGAGACAACAAAACAAGUUGACGUUCAGUAUAUAUAGAAAACCCACGCAAACUUCCACCAAAAUUAGUAAAACAUCAUGUCAUUAUAUGGGUCAUAAGAUGGCAGUCUUUAACUCUAAUAUCAAUAGGCUACUUAAUAUUCCUCUAAGCCAGGAAGCUUAUAUUGAGGAGGUGAACACUUUAAAAUAUCUGGCGGUAGAGAACGGAUAUUCCUCGGAUAUCAUUGAUCGACUUAUUGAUAAGGCAAGGAGAAGACGGACCACAGAAGAACCGAACUCAAGAACUCCGGGAACUGAUGAUAAUUCAAAUCAGAAGUUCUGUUGCAUUCCGUUCUACGGUGGUAUCUCAUAUAAAAUUGCCAACGUAGUAAAGCAGGUAGAGGACACUAGAGUGGCUUUCAAAUCCCAGAAUACCCUACACCAAUCCCUCAUCAGGAACAAGAGCCCAAUCGACAUGUUGGACAAGCCGGGCGUUUAUAGAUUGGAAUGUGGUGAACCAGGUUGUAAUGUCGUUUAUGUGGGGAGAAGCGGCAGAUCCAUUAGAACAAGGACCAAAGAACAUCUGGCUAGUGCAAAUAACCCAAAUAAUGACAAAUCAAUUUUUGGUUGUCAUUUAAGAGAAGAAAAACACAAGUUUGAUUUAGAGGAGAACACCCAUCUAAUUCAUCACUGCGAAUUCAACCACAGACAAGAAAUUCUAGAAGAAGUGGAAAUUUACAAACACCUCAAGAGUACAGAAUACAAAGCGUUAAAUUCGAUGUUGACGAACAACAUAAAGGACACUUAUAAACUCUUAUAUUGAUUCUCUCUGCCGACGCCACUGUUCUCGCUUAAGAGAAGAAGAGCAGGAACCUGUCUGCGCGAAUGUAGUUUUUCGUCUUCCGUUUGUGUUUUGUUUAUCUGUCAUAUCUUUCAUUUUAUAUGCUCACUUGAUCUAGAUCCGAUUUUAUGUGUACUUUUUGGCUUUUACCUUUUGACUGAUAUGUUUUUUACCGUAUGACUUUGGAACCUAAAAUCAGUCCCUUGGUUUGAUAAUGGCGAUUAGCCGAAACAUGUCACCGGAUGAUUAAAUAAAUGGUUCCACAAACAGAAGUGCUUAAAAGACUUU